GCAAAAUAACUUUGAAGAAAAAUGAAAUUAAAGAGGGAUGAGAUAAGUGUACAUUGUGAUAAUAGGAGGUAACUGAUUCAUCUAGGACACAUGUUUUAAAAAUUAAAAUAUCAAUUCUUUAGACAUUGGUAAAAACUUAUUCUAACAAAAUCUUUCAAAUAGUCACUAAAACGCUUUGAAAGAAGAAAGCCAAACAUCUCGCUACAAGAACAUCUGAAACACUGACUAUUAAACAUGGCUUCAAGUUCAACAUCAUCGACAACGUCUCGAUCAUCGUCAGAAAACCAAAGUAGUGAUCGAGAAAAGGCUAGUAUAGGAAUGGAGAAAAGUCCAGACAAAGGUUCUAAAAGAAGCUCUUCAUCAGCUCAUGAGAAGACGCCAGAACCGUCGACAUCUGGAGUGUCUCCGAGUAGUAAACAAGACUCUGCAGAAAAGAAAAGAAAAUAUGAGCCAAGUGAGGCAGACAUGAAAGCAUACAAACACAAAAAAGAAAAGCAGGAAGAAGAAAGAUUGAAGAUGCAGGUGCUUGUAUCAAAUUUUACAGAAGAACAGCUAAACAGAUAUGAAAUGUUCCGAAGAGCUGCUUUCCCAAGGGCAGCCAUCAAAAGGUUAAUGCAGUCCAUUACAAGGACCAGUGUGUCACACAAUGUGGUGAUAGCAAUGGCGGGAAUAGCCAAAGUGUUUGUGGGAGAGGUGGUGGAGGAAGCCUUGGACAUUAUGGAAAAAAGCAAAGAAACUGGACCAAUACAGCCCAAACAUUUACGUGAAGCAGUGCGUAGAAUUCGAAAAAGAGACAGUCUCUUCAGACCCAAAAAAUCUCUACUGAACACCUGAGUGCUGUAUGAUCAGAUGGAUUUAGAAGGAGAAAAACUUGAAGGUGCUUAUUGUGUACCUUUACAUGCAGUGUUUUAUGGCCCAUGUUCUGAAGCUAAUGUUGGACAGAGAGACGGUGCUUUCUACAACAUUGUAGCAGUUGGUGAAAAAAUUAACAGUGAAUAUCUGAUAUGAAUUCACUUCAAUUGCUUUUGAUUGAUGAUAAUUUUCAUUGAUUGUUAAAGAUGUAUAUCUCUGAGAGCUUUGCUUCUGUGUUUGUACUGGUACAUGUUGUUAAGGUAUUCAAUGUAUAACGACCACAUUUUGUAACUAACAGAUGAAUGGUCCGAUUUUUUAAAUCAUGAUAUCAUUUUGAAGGUGUUAUGAAAUAAAAAUACUCCACCAAAGGAAUUUUCAAAAUUUUGAUUAUGGUCCAAGUAAUUACACCUUAAAUUUUGCAUUGAAGUCUAUGGGCAACGUAUGUUUUAUUAAGAUAUUGUAAAAAGUAACUUAAAAUUUGUAAAACUCUCUUGGUUAAUACAUUCAUAAACUUUCUCUUUAUUAAAAUAUGAAAUAAAAUAAAUAAUUUACCGCAGAUAUCUUGACGAAAUUAUUUUUUUUUGUUUUUCAUCAAGGGAAGAUAACUCUCUAAAAAAUGUCAAGGUGCAAAAUGACCAGCUUCUUAUAUGUUGUUAGUCAUGUGAAUUUAGUUUAUUUCACUUGCAUUGUAAUCUAGCAAUACAUAUUUAACUCGUUUAAAAUGAUUCAAAAUUGUUCAAUAUCCCUUCAUUAUACAUUGAAUACCUUAAACUGAGUACUACCUUUAAUAUUUCUACCAGCCCAUGGUAGGUAAGCUUUGUGUCAUUUAUGUAUCAUUUAAUUCAUGAAUGAUCAAUCGUUUAUUUAAUAUUAUCCCCAUAGAUUUUAAUUCAUCCACAAAUUUUUGAAGCUGAAAUAUUUAAGACUUUUUGUAAUAUAAAUAUUCCUACAGUAUUCCCGUUUAUUAGCAAAUUAAACUAAUUCAAGAUCUGACUGCAAACUGGAUACUGUAUAAAUGAUUUUCAUGAGUCAAGGGUGAGUAACUCUUUCAACCUUGCUUUUACAUCACUGACCAAGAUCGUACAAUUAACAGACCCUACAGAGCAUGUUUCCAAAAAUGUUGUUUAAUUGUUUUGUCAAAUUAAAAUAAAGCGAAGAAUGACUUAUAACAUUA